AUGCUAAUCUCGUCUCACCGUUUGCGCACCGCUAACCUCUCUCGCGCAGCAACUCAGCUAUCAACCGUCAGCAACCACUACCGCGACCGCAACCGCACCCACAAACUUGCCAUCGAAGCCACCUUGCCGUCCGACACGCCAUCCGCCAUCCGCAAUUCGCCAGCCGUCUCUCACACUAAUCAACCAAGAGCCUGUCCAGCAACUGACAUCUUUCUCAAAGCUCUUUCUCGAAACAACUCACCACCCACCGCCAUCAUGAACAACCCACCAGUACUGUCCUUCAACGACGAACAGGGUCGCCGCCGCGCCGUCCUCCAGCAAGAAGUCGCUCGCUUUUACCAUAACCAGAGACCAUACUUCAACUUCGGCUACGAGCCUCCUUUCGGCACCGUGUCGAUGAGCCAGAUCGAGAAGCUUGCAGCCACGGAGAUUGCUGGCAUCGCGCCGAGGGAUGCGUUUAGUGGAUGGAGACCGAUCAGUCUGGGCGUUUCGGCUUUUGAGGAGGACUACAGCGAUGAGGUGGCGAGAGCUAGGCUCUUUCAGCGGUUCCAAGACGGAGAAAUGACUGAGGAGGAGGAGGGUGGAGAGACGGAGAGUGAGGAUGAGGACGAGGAUGAGAACAAGGCGGCUCAGCAAGGAAAGGGACUGGGACCGUACAAGGACUGGAACAACAUCUCGAGCAUCGUGGUGUUGAAGAUCGACGCGAAGAAGCUGCGCGAGAAGCUGGCGGAGAUCGACCGCACCGUCAAGAACAAUCUCCCCGCGAACAUGACCUACCGCGGCACCAACAGCAGCACCAGCACCACCGUCCCCUCCACCACCACGGGGAUCGCCGCCAACAAUCGCGCGGUGAGCGGCCGCAUCACCAAGCCGACCCCCGGCCGCUUCACCAACACCACCACGCGCGCGAUCCCCACCUACACGGGGACGGAGCCCAUCCCCAUCGCGAUCCUCACCGCGGCGGCCGCGAUCCGCGCGGUGAGGGAGAACCGCGACGGGCUGCCGACCAAGUCGGUGCUCUGGGAGAUGGAGGGCUUCGUCCACUCGAAGGGGCGCUUGAACAAGAAGAAUCCGCUGCGGGAGUGGGCGGGUGAUGAUCGCUUGUUCGAUGGGGACGUGUGGGGUUGGUUGUUGGAGUAG